AUCAACUACGAUGGUGGAGGAGGGAUCUCUCGAGAGAUCGGCGUCAGCGAGCAUGAGAAAUUAGGGAAAUCAUCGGAUGUGUGCGGACCCAGGAUCAAUUGGUGGACGGCGAGAUCCCCGCCGUCAGAUGAAGGCGACGACGGCGUCCAAAAUAUGAUCUUGAAGGAUAUGCCAAAAAGAUUGAAGAAGGGGAAUCGUCAUCCUUGGAAACGGAACAGGCCGACGCAGUUCAACACGAUCCUCGCCUGGGAAGCGAUGCAGGCGAGCGAGCUCAGGUCCGAGGUGUCGGCCGUGAAGACGGGGAUCUUAGGUCCCGAAAGGGUAGGUAGGGGCCGUGGGGCUGGUCGCAAUUUGUCAACUGGAGCCACGAGUGGUCGUCCGCUUCUGUCACUCGUCGGAGCCGCGAUUGCCCGUCCGCUUCUAUCGCUCGUCGGAGUUGCUUCUGUCAGUCGUUGGAGUUGCGAUUUACGAUCGGAUGACAAGACUCAUGCGGAACGCAGGUUUGACAAGAAAAUGCAAUUUUAUGAUUUGGUCAGGAGUGCAGUUGCGAAGAAAGCUAUUUCUAAGGAAAAGCAGCAAAAGAAGCGAAGCCGUCAAAAGAGAUUAAAGGCCUAUGAUCUAUCAUCCCUCUCUGAGUACCUACCUGAAGUAAAUUCUCCCUCGGAGUUGAAGCCUGCCGAACUCAAAAUCAAUAGUAAAACAAGAAAUAAGUUAGUGCUGAAAGAGGGUAACCAGCUGAAGACUGUUAUAAAUCAUCCAAUUUUUCAAUCAGAUCCUUUAGGUGCCAUUUAUCAACAUUUGCAGAAUACACAACCUGCUGUGGACACGAAGCCUAAGAUAAAGGAUGAUAAAACGAGAAAGAAAAAAUUGAAACAGAAAUCGUCAAAGGGCUUACAGUCGAUGGAGAUUUAAAUUAUUGUUUUUUAUGACGUCUCUUCAAAUACCAACUCUUGGUAAAUUCCGAUACCAGUUAUCUGUGUGUUCAAUUGUGAUGCGAUGAAUAUAGCAGGAAAUUAUGACUGGGAUGUGUAAAUGGGAUUCUCAUCUCAUCAUAGAUUAUGUGUUAUUUACAAUGAAGGAAACUUCUUCAGUUUCCUGUUCUGGGGCAGGAUACAAAUGCAAGAACCAACGACCCAAGAGUUGGUUCUCUUUGCUGUGGUUCUAAACCUUGACCUUUUUCUUGGUUGAAAAUAUAUAGUUAU